AUGAAGAAAUCAUUCAAAGAAGAAGCAAUGCCUCUUAUUUUUUACUAAUAAGAAACUCAAACUUAUCAAGUAAACCCUGAUGCGAUUGAAAUAAUAAAAAAUAUUCCAUCACCAAUAGGAAUUGUAGGUGUGGCAGGUAUGUAUAGAACUGGAAAAUCAUACCUUUUGAAUAGAAUGCUAUUAAAUAGAUCAGAUGGUUUUGGAGUUGGUCCAACAGUGUUGCCAUGUACUAAGGGACUUUGGAUGUGGGGCAAACCAUUAUUAGGUUAAACAAGUGAUGGAGAAAGUUGUUCAAUCUUGGUUGUAGAUAGCGAAGGAUUGGGGGCUCCAGAUGAAGAUUCGACACAUGACAUCAGAAUUUUCUCUUUAACUAUUCUAUUGACAUCAUGUUUCAUCUACAAUUCAGUUGGCAGUAUCGAUGAAAAUGCUCUCCAAAACCUUAGUCUUGUAGUCAAUCUGACUAAAAAUAUUUAAUUAAAGAGUGGGUAAUCACCUCAAGAGCUUGAAGAUUUGUCUUAAUACUUUCCUCAAUUUUAUUGGGUUGUGAGAGACUUUACUCUAUAGUUGGUAGAUAAGAACAGAGAAUAAAUUACAUCCAAGGAUUAUUUAGAAAAUGCCCUUGUCAUCUAAAAGGGAUCCUCAGAAGGAAUUGAUCAAAAAAAUAAGAUUAGAAAAUUGUUAACUACAUUCUUCAAGGAUAGAGAUUGUAUCACAUUGGUAAGGCCUUUGACUGAAGAGAGCAGUCUCCAAAAUCUAGAGAACUUAGAUUUCGAUAAGUUAAGACCUGAAUUCUUUGAAUAGGUUAUUAAUCUGCGAAAAAAAAUACUCAAUAGAAUAAGGCCAAAAAUGCUCAAUGGAAAGACACUUUCUGGUUAAAUGUAUUGUGAUUUAAUUCGUUCUUAUGUUACAGCCAUUAAUAAUGGAGCUGUGCCUGCCAUUGAAUCUGCUUGGACUUAUAUUUGCAAGAAUGAAUGUUAAAAAGCUGUUGCUGAAGCAUUUGAUACUUAUGAAUAAAUCCUUAAGGAAAAUCUUCAUAACAGGUUUCCAAUUUCUAAUGAAGAUUUGAAAGCAUUUAAUAGAAGUCUUAGAGAAUAAGCAUUUGCAUUAUUCAAAAAGAAAUGUGUUGGGGAUGCUGACGAAUACAAAUUAGAAUUAUAAAGAAGAAUUAAAUAACGAUUUGCUGCAGUGAAAUAAGAAAAUGAUAGAGAAGGUUCAAGAAUGUGUUCUUAAUUUAUUUAAUAAGAAUUCUAGCCUAUAGAUAGAAAACUUAAAAUGGGAGAAUACAAAUCUUUUGGAGAGUAUGAAAAAGACAUCAAGAUGUUUUAUAAUUUUUUUAUUGAAAAUGGACCUAGAGUGGGAACUAGAAACUAAAUCAUUUUAGAAUUUCUAUAAAGAGCCUUAAUUGAAGGAUCAAAUUUAUUUAUUAGAUAGUAUGCUCAAGAGACAGAUAUGAUGAAAAAUGUUGCUUUUGAAACCUAGAAAAAAUUAGAAUAAGAAUUGAAAGAAGCAAGAUAGGAUAGUUUGAAAGAUAAAAAUAAUCUGUUGAUGAAAUUGGCACAAGUAGAAAGUGAAAAAAGUGAUUUAGAACUCAGGGAAUAGGUUGCUAGAGAUAAUUUAGAAGAACUUAAAAUAUAAAAGGAAUAAGUUGAAAGGGAUUUAAAAUUAGAAUCUGAAAAUGAAAAAAUUGAAUUAACUAGACAGAUUUAAGAAUUAAAGGGAUAAGUUCUAAAAGCAGAAGAAUUUAAUAAGGAUAUGGAGAGGAAUACUCUUUUUGGAAACUCUGAGUUUGAGAAAGAAAGGGCUCUUUUGGAAUAAAAAAUCACCUUCUUUGAAAAAUUAGUCAAUGAGAUGAAUGCAAAGGAAGUUGAUUAUUAGAAUGAAAUUAAGAAUCUCAGAAAAGAACAUAGUCUAUAAUCAAAAGAUUAGUAAACUAAGUCUGACUAAACGGUGAGAUAAUUAUAAUAGAAACUCAGUGAUUUAUAAGAGAAAUUGAAUGAGAUGGAGAAUGAAUUAAUUGAGAAGGAAUCCAAUUUUGAAAAUGAUUUCAAAAAGUUUGAACACAAAGAAAGAAGUUUAACAAAAUAAAAUCUUGAAUAAAAUGAAUAAAUUUAAGCAUUGACUAGAGAAAUCAGAGAAUAUAAGAGAAAUGAGGAAUAGAUGUAAUAAAUGUUGAAGAGUGAUGCUAAUAAUUAAGUCAAUGAAUUACUAGAAAAGGUUCAAGGAUUGGAAGAUCUUAUCAAAACUAAGGAUGAUCAAUUGAAAUAAGCAAAAAGCCAUAGUGAAAAAGAUAAGGCUUUGAUGUAAUAAAAGAUGGAAUUCAUGGAGGUUUAAUUGGAUGAAUACAAAAAAUAAAUUGAAGAAAACAAAAAAUCACAUGAGGCAAUUAUGAAGGCUUUUGAGAAUUCAAGCAAUGAAUCAACUUACAAGAUUGAUGCGGCCAAAAUGAAUGACUUAAGAGAACAACAUAAGAGAGAUCUUAAAAAUAUAGAGAAUGAAUAUGAAAGUGUGAAGAAGAGAUUAUAAUAAUAAGUAGAUCAAUUGAAUGAGAGAAAUAGUGAAUUGGAACUCAAGGUCAAGUUUGAGACAGGAGAUCUCAUUAAUGAAAUUGAGAAUCUUAAAGAAUAACUUUAAACAUCAGAAGAACAAAAAAAUAAACUACUAGAAUAGAACAAGACUUUAGAUGGAUAGAAAUUAUCAAUCUUGAAAGAAUAAGAGUUAAGAUAUUAGAAGAAAAUUAAAUAAUUGGAAUAGGCUAUGGAUGAAGCAGACACAAAAACAGCUAGAGAAGUUAAUUAAGCUCAAGCAAAAGCAGAGGAAUCCUUAACAUAGUUAAAGAACUUCUAUGAAAUUGAAAGGGAAAGAUUGGAAAGAAGAAUCUGCGAAGAAAAAGAAAAAAGCGAUAAGAAAUUCUAAGCUGCUUAAGAAGAAUUCUAUCAUAAGCUCAGAGAAACUGAAUAAAAUUAUGAGGAAGAAAUUGAAACUCUAAAGGAUGAUUUAAGAGAUUAAGUAUAACAGUAUACAAAUACAAUUUAAUAAUAUGAUCAUGAGAUUGCCUUGAAAUAGUAAACCAUUGAGAUUUUUGAAAAACACAUUAAAGAAAUUAAAGAGUAACUUAUAUCCCUUUAGAAUAACAACAAUACUACUUUAGAAUAAUAAAUGAACUCCUUCACUACAGAAAGAAAAAGUUUAAUUUCGAAAAAUGAUGUUCUAUCAAGUUAAUUGAAUAAUCUACAAAAAGAACACAUGGCAUUAUAAUAAAAGAAGGAUCUUUUGGAAAAUGAGAAAACAAGGAAAGAAUAACAAUUUGAAUAAUCAAGAAAAGAAUGGUAAGAGGAAAAGAGAGAACUGAUAGAUAGAUUAGAAGAAACAAAAUAAAGACUACAAAAAAUGAAUGAUGAAUUCUUGGAGAAGAAGAUUGAAUAUGGCAGAGAAACAGCAUUAACUUAAUAAUAAAAUGAAUUUUUAUAGAAAAAAAUUGAAGAUCUUUAAAAACAAAUAGAUACAUAGUAAUCAAGGUUUGAUGAGAAAAUUAAAUAAUAAAAGAACGAGUAUUCAGUUGAAUUAGAAUAAAAAUUGGAAAGAGCUUAAGAGGAAAAAACAGCUAUUGAAACUAAGUAUGAGAAGAUUAAGAAAUAAUUGAAGGAAAACGAAUAUCAAUAUAAUAAAUAAGCAUCUACUUUAGAAAGAGAGAAAGCCAUUCUAACUGAAAAGUUAGGACAAUUAGAUUCAAGAAAAAAUGAACUAGAAUCAAAAAUAAAGGAUGAGUCUGCUAGCGUUGCUUAAUAUUAGACUGCUUUGAGAGAAUAAAUAGCUGCAGAGAAGAAAUCAUUACAAUAAGAAUUAGAAAAAUAUAAAUAGUUUAAUCUUUAAUUGGAAUAGGAGAAGAGCGAAAUCCAUACCAGUUAUGAAAGAGAUAAAGCUUUAUGGGAAGGAAAAUUUUAAUUUUUGGAAUAACAAAAGGAAUAGGCAAAAUAAGAUUUGAUGGAUGCAUUAAAAAAGUUUGAGAUGACUUUGAUGCAUCUAUAAAGGGCUAGAUCAAACGAAAAGGAUGAGUAAGAAAAUAAUUUAAAUGAGUUAUUAUUAAGUGUUGAGAGAAAAUAUUAAUCAUAAAUUGAAGAAGCUAAUCAAACUCAUUAAAGAAUAGUUUAAGAUUAUGAGGAUAAAAUUAGAAGAUUAUAAAAAGAGGUUAAAACUCAUAGAGAUAAGAUAUUAAUUGAUUAACAUGGAAAAAUUGGUAAUCAAUUAUUGUCAGAGAAAAAGUUUGCUGAAAUGUUAGAUAAUGAAAAGAGGUUAUAAUAGGAAAUUGAAAAUAUUAAGUAAGAUAGGGAUUAUAAGAUUUUUGAAUAUUAAAAGAUGUUAGAAUAAGAAAGAGAGAACUUGAAGGCUAAAAUAGUAGAAUUAGAAACAAAAUAUAAGGAGGUUGAAAACAAAAGAUCCACUCUUAUUUUUGAGUUUGAAAAAGAGAGAGCCAAAUGGAAUUUAGAUAGAGAUCAUUUAAAUAACAUAAAAACUGAAUUAUCAGAUUAAUUAGAAAAGUUAAGUGAUAAAAAAGAAUAGCUUCUAAGAGAAAAUGAAAAACUAAAAAAUGAAUAAAGAGCUACAAGACGUAGUGUUGCAGCCCAUAAUAUGACAAGUAAUAAUAUAAAGACCGGCAAUACAUAUAGAAAUCCAAUAAACAAUAUUUCAACUAUUGGACUUUAAAAACUAAGUCCAACUCAUUCUAAUAACACAUCUACAUCUUCAGCAAAUAUAUCAGUUCUUAAAAAAAAUAAUUUAGCUGAUAUAACUAAUUAUGAAAAGACUGCUCCUUUGACAUAGUAAUCAUUUCAAAAUAGCAAAUUUUAUUAUUAUGGGAACUAAUAAGGACAGAACGAUGACUCAAUGAUUGGAUAGUGUGAAUUUUAAAAAUGA